CGGUGCCUUAAAACAAAACAACCUUUCUGAAAUGGGGCGCGUGAGAGAGAAGCGGGCGGAUAGGGGGAAUGAAAGCAGGGAGCGCCUGGCGCAAGUUCUGGGCGGAAGCGGCCUCUGCCCUGUCAGGCGCUGCGAGGGACGCCUGUCGGAGGCGCGCGGUUCCCAUGGCAACAGACGCGGCCGGGAAGCGCGCGGAGAGAGGACAGCGGGGUCGCCAUGCAGCAGCGGGCGGACUGACCCUCCGGCAGCCCCGAGGCCGCGAACCUUCUGCGGAGCAGCCAGAAGCAUCAUAGCUGGACAUUGGAGAGACCUGUCAGGAGUAAACAUGGACCACUGGUAUCAAAUUACAGGAGCACAGGGGCAGGCGAGGCAAAGCAAGCCUUGGGAGCGCAGAGACGCAGCUCAGAGCUCAGCCUUGCAGGGCAGUGAACACUACGAGCGGCUGAGGAAUCACCUGGGGACCAUGAGGGCCCUGUCCAGGAGAUAUUGGCAGCUCCUGGCCUGCCGGCUGUGGCAGGAGGACUGCGAAGAAGAAGAAGUGGCAGAGAAGAAUGAGAGAAUGAGGACGGUGGUGAUGGAGGAGGAGGAGGAAGAGGAGGAAGAAAGAGGAGGCACGGUCAUCGUGGAACACCAAGGGUGGAGCUUGCCCAUGGUGAGGGAGAUCGUCUCCAGCUGGUACUGCAGCUUUGGCAAGUGCUGCGCAACGGGAGACUGCAGAGUGACCAACAACAUCACAGGGUUGGAGCUGGAGCUGGGCAGGCGACUCCACGGGCAACACUUAGCAAAAGAUGUUGUCCUGAAAGCUGUUCAAGGCUUCCUGGAAACCCCUCAGCCAGAGAAAGCCUUGGCCCUUUCCUUCCACGGCUGGUCUGGCACAGGCAAGAACUUCGUGGCCAGGAUAAUGGCAGAACACCUUUACCAGGAUGGCUUGAAAAGCAACUGUGUCAAAGUCUUCAUCUCCCCAUUUCACUUCCCUCAUUCCAAGUAUGUGGAUAUUUACAAGGUUCAGCUCGCAAAACAGAUCAGUGAGACGGUCCAAGAGUGUGAGCAGUCACUGUUCAUCUUUGAUGAGGCAGAGAAGCUUCACAAUGACCUCCUAGAUGGCUUGAAACCCUACAUGGAUCACUACGACAGCAUUGAUGCAGUGGAUUACCGGAGAUCCAUCUUCUUAUUCCUUAGUAACACCGGCAGCAACAUCAUUAAUGAGGUGGCUCUUGACUUCUGGCGCGCCGGUCGAGCCAGAGAGGAAAUAACCAUGGAUUCCUUGGAACAGUACCUACGGAUGGAGCUGCUGGAGUCUACAGAUGAGGGUUAUGCCCACAACUGCCUUCUGGAAGAGAAUCUCAUAGACUUCCUGGUACCCUUCCUGCCCUUGGAGUUCCGCCACGUGAAGCUGUGUGCUCGAGAUGCUUUCCUUGCCCGGGGCCUUCAGUUCACCGAAGAGGCACUGGAUGAGGUUGCAAGGAUGAUGGUGUUCGUCCCCAAGGAGGAGAAACUUUUCUCAGCCCAGGGUUGCAAGUCAGUCUCUCAGCGUAUAAACUACUUCCUUCCCUGAUGUUGUCGGAGUUUGGAUGCACAAAGGGCUGCAAUGCAAUCUGCUCUACUUCCUCUUGCACAGGGAGCGAGAGGUGUUUACUUCACUGACACCGGGCAUUAAAUCCCCUACAGUGUGGGGGCUGCUGGACUGGGGAAAAGCAAUAAUUCUGAAAUCUGUGGAGGAACAUGCGUCAGCAAAUAAAGACAUUGCCAAUGAGUAGACACUAUGCAGCUGGAAUCAACAUCAAUGGUGCUGUUAAAAAGGAGAUUUUCAUGCGCUGCUUUGGAAUAAAUGGUGCUUCCAGAUCAUCCGCCCUCGUUCACAGCACAGAGUGGGCAUUUAGGCAGGUCCUGAGGCAGAGAAACUACAGCAGCAAGUAGAGUUGAAGGCUGCUUCCUUCUUGUCUUGAAGACUGAGAUUUCUUUUGGCGGUUGUCUGAAAGGAGACAUGACUUCCUCCUCUGCCCCUUUAGGGGUGUGACUGAGCAAGGAGCUGGAAUAUUUGCUUAUAAUGCAAGAAAUGCCUCCGAGUUAUUGCAUGAAUGAGGGGACUUGCCCUGAACUUGGAGAGGUAGUACUUACCUUCACAGUACUUAAUAAUUGGCUUUUAAAGGAUGCCGGGAUACUGCAGCAAGUAAUCUGCUGCAAAGUUUAGGCUAAUGUGCCUCCUUGUAUAUAUGUACACUAUGAAGAAUGCACAUUUGCAAUUUUUAAUCUGCUAAGGGACUUAAAUCCAGGACACCAUCAGGGUGUACUCAACUCAAAGUCUGUGUUUGUGUUGGAUGAGUAUUGGGUGGGAGGCAGCGGCAAGUGCCAAAAUUGCGGUGCACUUCCAGCUCAGCGCGGAAGUUGAGCAAUAAAGCUUAGUCACUGUGAGAUAAAAAGCAAACACUGUUUGCAUGAACCACUGGUUUUGCAAACCUGCAUCUUUAUGAAUUAAAACUUGGCACCAUUA